AUUCUCCUGUAGCCGGGUUUCCUCCAAUUGUUUGCUGCACUGCCUGCCCACCCCCUUCUCCCAUGUGAAGUCUCCCUAGAGAUAAGGAGUCAGCACCCAGAAGUAAUUCCCGUAGGAAGUCAGUCAAGCCUCGUUGCUGUGAAGAUCGACGCCCUGCAUGACCUCUGGUCCCGUAUAUCAAAUGAGAGCCGCAGGGGGCGCCUCUGCAGCCAUAAAGAUAGCCCCAUUCCCUCUCCUCGUUUCGAACCUGCAGAGACGGUUUCGCGAUCGCAUCCAGUCGUCGUACCGGUCAGAGCUCGAGCCCCUUGAGACGAACACGAAUCCUCGAGGCCCGUUCAUACCACUACCCUCUCCGCUCAUCUUCCGUUCAAACCUAUUUAUCAGCUUCUUGGGAGCUGCUCACCGCCCGCCCGAACCAGCGCCCCAAAAUUCCCCAGAAAAAAAGCGCUUUUUGUUGCUUCGCCCCCGCCACGGUCGGAGAGGACAGAAAGCGAGAUUCUCCCUCUGGCUGGAGCUCAACCGCAACUCACGACUCGAGAGUCAUUGCAUUGUACUCGCUGACUCUACCCAGGCCUUUCCAGACGUGGUUUAAUGCUAUUUUUGGCCUCCCUGCCCUUGACUUUCCUCUGAGAAUCCAACCGCUUGACCGCUCUCCCCCCCUCCCAUUUUCCUCUCCUGAGCCCCAUCCAUCCCUCUCUACCUCCUCCUACUGGCACCCGCCCGGCGGACUCAGCUCAUCGCCACACCACUCACCGCAGCCUGCUUCUUCGGCACAUUUCUCGCUUAACCCUCGACCUCCUUAUUCAGAUUGGAUCCCUUUCGGCGAUCGGCA